GCCCGCCUCAAACCUCGCCCUCUCCGCUUGCAUCCAGGUGCGAGCGGCGCCAUUUAGCCGCCAUCGGGGCGGAGGGAAGGUGGCGUUUCCGGGUACCCCUCCGCAAGGCGCCCCGCGGGCCGGAGAGGCGAGAUGAGCGGCUCCGAGGAAGAGAAGCAGCUGGAGCUAAUCAGCAGCCUGAAAGAACAAGCUAUUGGUGAAUAUGAAGAUUUAAGAAAAGAAAAUAAGAAAACAAAAGACGAGUGUGACAAAUUCAAACAAGAGAGAGAUGAAGUGGUCAAACAGCUGCAAGAACUGCAUAAAGUUUCUCAUAUGGUUAUUGAAGAAGUCAGCUGUAUACAAAACCACCUGGAGAUUGAAAAGACAUGUCGUGAAAGUGCAGAAGCUUUGGCUACUAAGCUGAACAAAGAGAACAAGACUCUGAAAAGAAUCAGCAUGUUGUAUAUGGCAAAACUGGGGCCAGACAUCAUUACGGAAGAAAUCAACAUUGAUGAUGGAGAAUCUUGCACGGACACAGAAGUUAGGCCUGGAGCCUGUGACUCAAUGGAGUGCCAGCAGAUAAUAAAAGAUCUGCGAGAUCAAAUUAUCUCACUUCAAGAGGAGAAGAAAACUGCCGUCAUUGAGCUGGAAAACCUGAAGAGCACCUUUGUAGAAGGAAUAGCAGAAAUAAAUAAACUAAAGGAACAAAAUGCAAUCCUAGCAUCUGAAGUCCACAACCAUCACAAGGUGUUGGAAAAAUGUAAUCGAAUGUCUGUACUAGCAGUAGACGAGUAUGAAGAACUCCAAGUCAACUUUGAGCUGGAAAAAAACUUACGGAAGAGGGCAGAAAACUUUGCACAAGAGAUGUUUAUUGAACAAAAUAAGUUGAAACGGCAAAGUCAGUUGCUGCAACAAAACUCCACCCCUGAUGAGCAGCUUUCAAAAGCUCUAGAUGAAAAUGCCAAACUGACUCAAAUGCUGGAGGAAGAAAGAUUGCAAUACCAGCAGAAGAUUAAAGAAUUGGAGGAACAAUUAUGUAAUGAAGUUUUGCGCAAAGAAAUCAAGUUCCUUAAACAACAACUAGAACUUCUAGAAGAAGAAAAAAAAGAAUUUGAGGAGAAGUGUCAGAGUGCUGAAGAGCAAAUUAAAAACUUAAAGCAUUCAGUUGAUGAGCUUGAAAAACGAGUACAUCGGUCAGAGAAUCCAGUACCACCUCCACCUCCACCCCUCCCACCUCCACUUCCUCCUCCUCCUAAUCCAAUAAAGUCUCUAAUGUCGAUGAUUCGUAAGAAGUCUCAUCCAAAUAGCAACUUGACCAAAAAAGAAAAGGCCUCUUCUCAACAACAAUCAGGAGAAGUAACGGAUCUGAAGAGACAAGCUGUGGAAGAAAUGAUGGAUAGAAUUAAAAAAGGAGUUCAUCUUAGACCUGUUAAUCAAACCAACCGUAUUAGGGCAAAGGCAGAGGCGCCCAAACCCAGCGAGAGUGCAGUGAAAGAACUAAAAGGAAUACUGGAAACUUUGAAUACAUCUGCAAGUUCCAGAAGUUUAAAAUCCCUUGACACAUAUGGUAAUGAAACAGAAUUAGAUAGAAUUCUGAGGCUCAGAAAAGUGACAACUGAUCAAGAUAGUAGCAAUCGAACUGGAACUUUGGCUACAUCUGAAUCUAAAUCUAUGCCAGUUUUGGCUUCCAUUGGAACAGAAUCAGAAUUGACUAAAAAAUAUUUAGCAGCAAACUUCAAUUCAAAAUCUUCAGGGUUGGAUGAACAGUCUCAUAAAAUGGUCAAAAGCACAAGUUCUGCAGUUGUCACUCAGUCAUCCAGCAAUGCAGGACUUAAAAACAAGGUUGUUGAUGCAGACAAGCAAGCUGAAAUCAUGGUACUAUUCAAUCCAGAGAAAAUCAAAGAACAAAUGCCUAAAGUUAUGGAUCAAGGCAAGAUAACUGAAAACAAGGGUCAACAGCUUCAUAAAGACACAAGUACUGAGAAAACAAAAGAGACCGACAGCUCUCUCUGUUAAUUGAUAUGCUGAAAGGCAUUGACUAUUUCUGGAACUCUGUUUUCAAUGAUUGUCAGUUGUUUUGUUUAUGAAUAUGGGAAAGGGCUAUAUUUUUUACUCAUAAUGUGUUUAUAUUGAAUCCAAAGUCUUUACACCUCUUUCCUCUGUUUUUUCUUCUAAAUUAAUAUAUGGUGUUCACUUACUAGAUUAUGCAAAAUGUUAAGAUUUAUUUGAAUAAUUUAUAUAAGUACUUUGUUUAUAGUUUGACCAAAAAGCCUGCUAAGUCUAAUUUAAAUAAGUAAAACAAGCCUUAAUUAAGAAAUACAUGACAUGCUCUUAUAUGACUGACACCUAGAACUCAAUUUUUGGUUAAUAGAAGAUACAAUUUUUCAGCCAUUCUUUAAAAUUUUAUUAAAACUUGUGGCUUGCCACUACAAAGUAAAAUAAUAAUAAUUGUAUGAUCUGGAAUAGUAUUUAUAAUAGAUUAUACUGAAGUUGAAGGAAAUUUUGUAUAAGCAAUAUUUUAACUGCAUAAAAGUUAUAAUAAAUACCUGUGAUUGGCUAAUUGUACCCUCUGCCUGGCACAGUUUGCCAGGAAAAUAAUAUCCAUUGCAAUCUCUAUCAUAUUAUUAUGGUUGGUCACACAGUCAUUCAGAUGUUUAGAGUGGAUUUGGCAUUUUUGUUCACCUAUUGAAUUCUUUCCAAGGCCCUGGGAUAGGAGAUGUUGUUUAAAGGUAUAUUGUUACAACAAUGUGGAAUCAGUAUCAGGUCUUUAUUAUUAUAAAUAUAGUAACAUAUUAUAUUAUUAUUGUUUGUUGUGCAGCCCACCAGAUGUUUAGAUUGGAUUUGACAUUUUUUAUCUACGUAUCGAGUCCUUCUUAAGGACCUGGGAUAGGGAGAUGUUGUUUGAUGGUGUUAAAGAUAUUAUUGUAGGAUGUAAGCUGUUCUGAAUGAAGCUUCCUUUUAACUGAUGGUGAUUUUGUCAAUGCCAGUGGUGUUCAAAUGAAGUUCCAGUUGUUUUGAGAUUGCACCUAAAAAGUAAUAACUUUUGGUCCUACCGUUGCUUUCUUUGGCUGCAGAUGUUCUAUUUUCGCGUAUUUCUGUUUUAUUAUCUUCUCCCAUUUCUUUCUCUUCUAUUCUACCCAUCUCCAAAUACUGCCACAAUCACUAUCUAGACUAUGUUGUUUUUAUUACCAAAGUUUUUAAAUCUGGAGUGUGAUUACUAUUAACUUUUCUCUCUGCAAGCAAUAGUAGGAUGUGAAUAGUCAGUUCGAAAACAAUCCUCUUUUUUUGGCCAGUUUGGGGUAGUGGGCUUAUAUUAGAUUUUUUAAAAUUAGAUCUUAUGAUUCCACCUUUAUUACUUUGUAAAUAACUUAAAGCACUGAACAUGCAUAACACUCCUUCUUCCUCGAAUUGUCCCCACAACAAAAACCUCAUUAGGAGUGUUGGGCUGAGAGAAAAUGAUUGACCCAAGGUGACCCAGCCAGUUUUUCAUGCUUAAGCAGAGACUAGAACUCGAAGUUUUCUGAUUUCUAGCCUGGUGCCUUAAGCACUAGUUGAAACUGGCCCUUAUAGUCUUUGUAUCUAAAGCUCUUCCUACAUAUCCCGUACUUAACCACAUGAAGUCUCUUCUGGGAAGGCAUGCCAAUUGUUGGAUUUCCAAGCCAUGCAAGAAAUAAGAAGGAAGAGGCCACAGAAUUAUUGCAAGCAUUUUAAUAAAUGCAUUUUGGCAGAGAUCCCAAUAAAGGAGACAUUAUUUUGUAUGAAAGACAGAAAAUGCCAUGUCUGAGAAGUAUCUACUUUUUACCUGAAUACAUUGUAAAUUCUUACAUUAUGGUACCUUUUGAAUAAUAAUUAAUAUGUCCAGUUAAUUGGCUUACAGAAAUAGGUAUGGACUUCAGUGAAUCCUCCUUCUAAGACUGGUGUAGAAUUUCAGGCUAUAAAUUAUUAAAGAUUUCAGAUCUAAAUACUAUAUAUCUCUAAAAUACAUUAAUAUGUGAGCACAAAACAAAUUGCAACAGAGGGACAGCAACUGAAUGAGGGGGUUGAAGGACAGCAUGAGAUCCUGAAUCAUAGUUUUAUAACUAUGAACUUUAUAUUAGCCCAUUGGGAAAGAAAAAAUGAAAUGAGGUGAGGCACUUAAUCAAACUGGGAGACCUUUAGAGCUUUUUAUAUGCAAGGUAGUCAUCUUCUAUAAAAGACUUCCGUUAAAAAUUUAGCCUUAGUUUUUGAGUUACACAGUCCUUAACUUUCACCGGAGAAGGCCUCUU